AGGCACUGGAUGCUGACCGGAAUGUCCUUAACAAGAUGAAAAAGGCUGCCAAGGCUAAGCACAAUGCAGGAGAAGAGCACAUCACGCACCUUGAGGUUUAUAUUGCCACACUGGAAAAGCUAUCAUCAAACUGCCGGGACAAUGGAGAGGAAGCUCUGAGCAAUGCUUUCAGUGCCUUUGCUGAGUUGUCCAAGGAAUUGUUGACACCCAUGAAGAACAUGCUGCAGAGUUUUAAUCACAAUAUUAAUUACUUUCUGAACUCGCUGGUUAAAGGAGAUCUGAAGGAAGUGAAAGGGGAUUUAAGAAAGCCUUUUGAAAAAGCUUGGAAAGAUUAUGAAAACAAGUUCACUAAAAUUGAGAAGGAGAAGAGGGAGCUAGCCAAGCAGUACGGAAUGGUGCGAAAUGAGGUGGCUGGAGGAGAAAUCGCCGAAGAACUGGAGAAGGAACGAAGGAUGUUUCAGCUGCAGAUGUGUGAAUAUUUGAUCAAAGUCAAUGAAAUAAAAAGCAAGAAAGGUGCAGACCUUUUGCAGAAUCUCAUCAAGCAUUACACCUCCCAGUGCAACUUUCUGCAGGAAUGUUUACAAGCCACUGAAAAACUGAAAUCGUACAUUGAAAGCCUGACUACAGAGCUGCAAAUUAUCAAGACCAGGCAGGAGGAGGAGAAGAAGCAGCUGUGCUCUCUGCGGGACCUGCUCAGGCCUACUCUGCAGGUCGAACCCAAAGAGGUAAAGAGAUUCCAUCAGUAAGCAGCUGGUGUACAGUAUGCACCAAUUACAAGGAAAUAUGCAGUAUGGCACAGAAAAAACAUGGCUAUCUGUACAAAAAGAGUGACGGGCUCAGAAAAGUUUGGCAGAAGAGGAAGUGCUCAGUGAAGAACUGUUACCUGACCAUUGCUCAUGGCGCGCCAAACCGCCAGCCGGCCAAAUUGAAUCUGUUGACGUGCCAGGUGAAGCCUAACAUGGAAGAUAAGAAAUGCUUCGACCUCAUAUCACAUAAUCGAACAUACCAUUUCUUAUUAGAGGAUGAACAGGACUGUGUUGCGUGGAUCUCAGUACUUACUAACAGUAAGCAGGAAGCUUUGAACAUGGCAUUCCACGAAGCGCGUCCCAGCGAGGAGAACAGCAUUGAGGAUCUCACUAAAGCCAUUAUAGAGGACAUCCGGCGGAUGCCGGGGAAUAGUGUGUGCUGUGACUGCGGAGCACCAGAUCCAAUGUGGUUGUCCAUCAAUCUUGGUAUAUUGACGUGUAUUGAAUGCUCCGGUGUCCAUCGAGAGCUUGGUGUCCAUCACUCCCGAAUCCAGUCACUGUCAUUGGACAAACUUGGGACCUCAGAGCUUUUGCUCGCCAAAAAUGUUGGUAACUCUGGAUUUAAUGACAUUGUAGAGGCCGGUCUCCCUUCUCCGACAAUCAAACCUACAACAGACAGUGCAAUGGCUCAGCGAAAAGACUUUAUAAAUUCCAAGUAUGUACACUGGUUGUACACAAAGAGAAGCAACACUCACCCUGUGGCACGGCUGCAUGAACUUCAAGAGGCUGUUCAAUUUAAGGAUGUGUAUGCACUGAUCCAAGCUUAUGCUGAAAAGGUGGAUCUAACCGAGCCAAUUCCACAACCGGCACAGGAGGCUGGUGAAACCAUUCUUCACUUGGCGGUUUUAUUGUCAGACCGUACAUCUUUACACAUUGUGGACUUUUUGGUGCACAACAGUGGGAACCUAGUGAAGCAGACGGUCCGAGGCAACACCCCUCUCCAUUACUGCAGCUUGUAUAAUAAAACUGAGAGCAUGAAACUCUUCCUGAGAGCCAAAGUCAAUGUAAAGAUCAAAAAUGAAGCUGGGGAGACCGCGUUGGACAUUGCCAGACGGCUAAAGCACACCCUUUGUGAAGAUUUGCUGCUGCAAGCUCAGAACAAUCAAUUUAAUAUGCGUGUUCACGUGGAAUAUGAGUGGCGUCUGCGCCAGGAUGAUAUGUAUGAAAGUGAUGACGAUCUCGAUGAAAAGCUGGGCCCCGUCAAAAAGGAGCGAAAUCUGCGGCCAUACAGUUGCUUCCAGUCGCCCCCAGUUCUCCGUUUCCAGACAGAGGACCUCCUACAUCAUUUUUAAGACGGGCUUCACAGGUGUCUCAGGACUCACGUUAUGAUAUAGGAAGUGGACAGUUGAAUACUGAAAAUGCAGGGACUCCAACAACGCCAUAUACACCACCUCUGCCACCCCGUAAUCCUAUCAGAGCACCCAAUGUACCACCACCACCUCCUCCUGCCAGCCCCUCACCUAUCCCCAAAAAGCUGCCUGCUACACCUCCACUGACUACAAAGCACAAGAGGGCGCUCUCAGAGCCAGCCCCCAUCAUUCCACACAGUCCCUCCAGCCAAAGCAGCCUCCAUUUCGACUAUGGUUCCUGUUGUACAUCUCCUUCCAAAUAUCUACAGUCGGAAGUUAUGUCCAGAAGACCAAGCAUUGGAUCUCCAAAACUUAGCAGUCUUCAUGAAGUGCCGGAGGUCCCACCAAAAGUUGAUUAUAGGACAGAAGGAUAUUCAAAAACAGGAAACCAAAGAUCUACGCAUACCAGCACAUCUCCAGCAUCAUCUGUGCAGGAACUGUACCGCGUGCCAACGCCUAACCAAGAGCCUCCUCAGCCAAUGCCACGGAGGAUGAGUCUGAGUAAACCAAGGCUCAGACGGGUGAAGGCUUUGUUCGACUGCACAGCCGAUAGAGAAGAUGAGCUCACAUUUAGCACAGGAGACAUUAUUGUAGUCACAGAUGAGGAGGACGACAACUGGUGGAAUGGCUACAUCGAUGGUCAGUUGCACAGAAGAGGAGUUUUCCCGGCAUCCUUUGUGCACAUUUUAACUGAUUAG